AUGGCCACCGCGAAUCUGGCACCCGGCGCGCUGCCUGUGGAGGAUUCCAACGGCUCGGACCCCUUCGUGUCGAGCACCCAGGACACCAAAAAGCAGCAUCGCUACUCCGCCUUCGACAACCAGCAAUUCUCACUCUUCUCCACCGGCUCCCCCGCCCAGACAAAACGCGCGCUACAGGCACAUUUGCAGGAAACCACACGGAGAUUGCAAGAGGCCUCGCAGCUGGGCAACUCUCUCGUCCAGCAGCGGAAGGAUCUGGAGGAGAGGCUGAAGGACGUCGAGAAGCAGUCGGAGGACAACGAGAUCGGCCCGGAGCUGCGCCAGAAGCUGGCCGAGCUGGAAAAAGAAUACAAUGAGGUAGGAAGAGAAACGGCACGCGCCUUCCUGCCGAAGUCCCGCGUUCCUAGCGGAGAGGCGCCCGAGACUACUGCUGGCGCUUCGGUGUAUUCCAGCGAGGCUCAACACUCGCCAUCCAAGGUCAGCGCUCCGUCGCGGAAACAGCGAAACCAACAGCCGAGUCGCAUCCACGAUAUCACGCUUGCAACUGAGAUCAGCACGUCUCUGCUGUCACAAGUACGAGAUCUACAAACCGUUCUUGCAGAGAAGGAUGAUGCUCUCAAGGCUGCGACUCUGGAACGGUCGCAACUAGAGAUCGAGGUGGAAGGAUUAUCACAACGGAUGCGAACCCUGGAUGAGAGCGAGUCUCGGCUAAAGGAUGUCAAUUGGAGUCUGGAAAGCCAAGUCCGUGAUCUGGAGGCCUCUGCAAAGGAACUAGCGGACAGGGAGCAACGCCUCAAUCAGAGUUUAAACCUUGCAAAGACCGAGAAGUCCACUGUGGAGCGGGACUUUGAAGAGCUCAAGCAAGCACACGCCAAGCUCAGUGAGGACCAUACCGCCAAAACCAAGCACGCUGAAUCGGAGCUUACUGGUCUCCGCCGCAAUGUGACUAUGGGUGAAACAGAGCGCGGUGCCCUUCAACGUAAGGUUGAAGAACUCGCUGCACAGAAUCAGGAGCUGGCCAGAGCUGUAGCCUACCGCAUGAGAUCUGACGACCAGGGUGGUGUAAAUGAUACCUCCUCAGACAAUGAUGGCGAGGAGGGCAAUACUUUGACUCCUGACCACUCGCCGCCUCCAUCGCCAAGUAAAGCUACCCCAAGGCACGGGCAGCUAGAAUCCGAGACUCUCAAGCAUUCGCUUGUUCACGCCCAUCGCAUGAUCCAGAACCUCAAGAACAACAUUCAUCGCGAGAAGACUGAAAAGAUUGAACUCAAGCGGAUGUUGCAGGAUGCUCGUGACGAGCUCGAGACCAAGCGAGACGGCGGCAUUAACGGACUCGGUAGUGCUGGAAAGAGGCGCAAGCCGAACGAGAAAGAUGUCUUCAAGAAGCCUGCAAGACCCGACCGGCUAGGAGCCGUCAGGAGUGGCAAUCAAGAGAUCAUUGUCGAUGAUGAAGAAUGGGAGGAGCAUGACGGUCAAGAGUCACCUAGUCGGCGAUCAAGAUCACUGCUAGCUCCUGGAACUGCUGCGUCUCGACGUCUCUCGCCUGGUGGCCACAGUUCUGCCGUGGACACGAGCAACGAGGCAUUUGAGACUGCGACCGAAAACUCGGAUGCCUUUGAGACCGCCAACGAGCGUGACGGCACCACAACGGAAACCGAUGCCUUCCACACUGGUGCAGAGACUCUGGACGGCGACAGCAGUGAUGAUCUCACAGAAACUGAAGGCAAUGCUUCUGCGACACCCGCUACUCGACAUUCGAGGCCAUCCCCUCUUUCUAUUCCUCGAAAUCGUAACUCGUACCAGAGCACAGCAUCUACUUCUGGGGAAGAGGGAGAAGACGUAAACAUUCGCACUCCAGUCCAGGCUCAGCACCCUCGCUAUCGCCUCAAGAUCAGAGGGCAGGGUGGAUAUCGCCGAUCACAGAACUCUAGCGAUCUAUAUACCAACACUCCCCCGGCCAAAGACUCGCCGGCGAGCUUUGCGAGCAACUCAAGUACACCCGCUCAAGGCCAAAGCUUGUUUGCGGAGCUCGGAAACCUCAGCGGGGAGAGCGAGGAUGGCAGCGUUGCUGAUGGAACGCCAAGCAGAACUAAUCUCCUCUCGCCCGAAACCUCUCCUGAGGCCGUGAGGAGGUCUCCUCUUGCCGUUUCUUCCGUGGAAUGUGUUCCGGAGCCUGAGUCUCGGCCACAGAUGGUUGAUUCCUCUAUGAUGACAGACCCAUGGGAGCCAGAGUCAAAAGGCAUACUGUCGAAUGCUUCGAGCGCGAUAGGUGCUGCCCUUGCCGGAGGCAUUGGCUUUGGACUUGGCAAGAGCACAAGUGGUCACGAAGACAAGGAACAAGCUGCUACUUCUGAGCAAGUGACAACUGGUGCGGACGAAGCCGCUGUUGAGAAAGCUUCUCUUGAGAAGACAACCCCCAAAGAGGCUUCUCCUGUGGCGGCAGCAGCAACUGUCUCCCAUGCUGGGACCACCACAGAUUUUGAGGAACCUCGUGCUCCAAUUAUCCUAGGCAUGUCCUCCAUCUCUGAACAAGAGACUGAGCCUGUCAUAGUCGAGCUUCCAGCGCCUAUUUUGCCUUCUGUAUCGCAUGCUGGAACGGCAACAGAUGUUGAAAAAGGCCCUGUUCCUCCUGUCUUCAGCAUUUCUGCCAUAUCGGAACAGCAAACAGAAGCUGAGAGUCCCCCUGCUCCUCCUGUCUUCAGCAUUUCUGCCAUAUCGGAACAGCAAACAGAAGCUGAGAAAGCUGAGAGUCCCCCCGCUCCUCCGGUCUUCAGCGUUUCGACUAUAUCGGAACAGCAAACCGAGCCGCUGACUCCGGAGCCUCCCACAGAGCCCGUCGCCGCGGCCGUUGUCGCAACGGAGCGGGAGGAACCUCGCACUAUAUCUGCUCUGAGUAUGUCGUCUAUUUUCGAACAACAGACCGAGCCGAGAACGCCAAUGCUAGACAAAUUCCCUUCGCCGCCCUUCAAUGUCUCGUCGAUUUCCGAGCUGCAGACUGAGCCUGUUGAACCACCAGUACCAACUACUCCCAAAUUCUCUGAAAUUACGGCACAGCACACUGAGCCGCUGUCGCCUGUGUAUGUUGGACCACUAGUACCAGCCGCUUCUGAAUUUUCCGGGAUUACGCAACAGCACACCGAGCCGCUGUCGCCUGUGCCCGCUAUACAACCACAGCGCCCUUCUACUCUUCUUGCCCAAGAGACGAAACCCGAGUCGCCUACGGUCCCAGGCUUCCCGCCAAUUGCUCUCUUCUCUCCAAGAGAUCAGACACCGGCCAUUCCUGUCCUCGGUGAAGCCGUUCUAUCGUUCUCUGAAAUUAUUGAACAAGAUUAUGAACCGCAAGAGCUUUCAAGGCCUUCAACGGCUCAUCGUGUAGCUGCGGCAGAUGAACCAAAACAGAAGCUAGGCUUCUUCAGUUCAGUCCUUCCAUGGGGCAAGAAUACAGAGACAAGCGAAGAUGGAACCCAAGAUGAGACAACAAAAGCUCCACAGAUUCCUUCCGAGGCAUUGGAGAGAUCGGCAUCAGUGGAGCCUAUAGCUGUACCUGCUGCUCCGAGAGGCGUUGCUCAAAACGAAAACGCCAUUGCGAGUCGACCAGGGACAGCUGUGCACUCGCCGCAAACAACCAUGAGCGACGGAGGUACCCAGACUAUGGUAUCGUCGGAUCAAAUUGACAAGCUUCUCGCUUUGAGGACCCAGCAGCGAAGCUCUGGCACGCUUGCCACCACUGGUGUCGACAAGCGAUUUAGUUCACCGCCAGGCAGCCCCAAGAAGCCUCAACAUAUUUCUGCCCUAGUUGAUCCUCAUAAGACCCCGAGGAGACCUGGCAGUGCUGGAAGCGGCCGCACUCGUGGCGGCUCACCGCCCCCUCUUCCAGCCGACCACAAGCAGGUCAUCGCUGCUGCGGCUGCCCAAAAAGCUUCUUUGAUCGCCCCAGUCCCUAUACGACCAUCAACCCCAGCAGGGACUAUGGGCCCGCCAAUCAUGCCAGCAUCUGCGUAUAAGACCAGGCCGCGAACCCCAGUGCGAUCUCCAAGCGGAAAUGUACUAGCCAGUCCUAUUUCCAAGGGUAGUGCCACACCUCGACCUCGGAAUAGCACCAUGCGAAGCGACGCUGGCUCAUCAAUCGGUCGGAGAUCUUCAAUGUCAUCAUUUACCUCGGAGAUCGAUCAACGCUUCGGCAUUGCUGCUGGAGGCUCUAUGGGACCCGAAGGCUUUGAUCCUGCCACAACGGAUCCCCGCAUGAUCCAGGCAAUUACGCAGACCAUGAUUGGAGAAUUCUUAUGGAAAUACACUCGGAAGGCGGGGAGCGAAAACAUGUCGGAAAAUCGACAUCGCCGCUUUUUCUGGGUACAUCCUUAUACACGGACACUGUACUGGAGCGAACAAAACCCGGUCACCGCUGGGCGAGCACAGCUGAAAGCUAAGAGUGUGGCCAUCCAAGCUGUACAGGUCGUGUCCGACGAUAAUCCCUACCCGCCCGGGCUUCAUCGCAAAAGUCUCGUGAUCUUAACACCUGGCCGAAGCGUCAAGUUCACUGCUACAACAAGUCAGAGGCAUGAGACCUGGUUCAAUGCGCUGUCGUAUCUCCUGAUGCGAACUGGCAAUGAACAGGAUGGAGAAGCUGGUGAAGCUGAAGACGACGUGAAAGAGUUCAAUCCAGCGUAUGCCAGUAGAAGUUCGACUCGUCAAACCGGGCGAUCGCGAGCGUCUAUCUCAUCAUACACCAGUCGACGGACAUCGUCACCUCACCGAACGCAACACCCAACUCUUGGGUCUCGGCAGCCCUCGGCCGCUCAGCGUGCUACGUCCCAAGGACCCGCUCAAGGUUCAAUGUCAGGACGGUUUAGUAGCUUGAGUGGCGUGUUCAGACCUAAUUCGACUCUUAGGGGAUCGUUCUCAUCUCGUAAGAGCCAGGUCAGCGCUCAAGAUACUUCAGUGUACCAGACAUCGGAACCGCGCGAUUCGGCGGAAGAUCUGCGGCAAGUCAUUCAGCAACAGGAAGAAGAAUCGGAUCGGCUUGAGAACGUGAGGGCGUGCUGUGACGGCAAACAUGACGUUGGGUCGUUAUCACGGUCAGGUCGACAUCGACAUUCCCACCACGCAAAUGGCCUGACCUCACACUCACGCACUAACUCGCAUAACCAAGCAGAGGCGGACGGCGCGAAUGGUCAUUAA